GUUCGGGGCCGCGAUGAGGGCCGCGGUGACCGCCUUGCUUUCCGCGCCUGAGCUGGACACCACGAUGAACAAGCCGGACUACCACCAGACCCUGGACGUCCACCGCACUCUGCUCGUCCUGCUCAAGCCGAUCGGUAAAUCGCUGAAGAGCAGCACCUUUGCGCGGCUGGCCGACCAGGUGCAGAAGGCGGUGCAUGGGCUCAAGCUGUCCGACUCGUCCGGGCGGGAGCGUCCAGUCUACGUGCGGCUGGUCAACGAGUACGAGCCGUCGCAGAAUGAUUGGGGCGACUUCCAAACGCACCGCAAGCUACUAGGGCUGCUGACAGUGUCCAAUGUCACCAGCCAGGCUGAGCUCAACGAGAUUUGCAGACAGCACGAAUCUCUCAAGGUCAAGUACUCAUCAACGCUUUUCGACUCGCGGUGUCUGGUGCUUGGACUAAACCAAGAGGGUCACCUGCAACGCAGCCCUUCGAUCAACCUCCGCUCAACGGCCAGCUCCCCUUACUCAGAGUCGCCAUACCUGUCACCUGAGGAUUUUUCCCACAGCAGUGACAGCUCAGUUCCCACUUCUACCAACCACUCCUCGGUUGAGGACACUUGCUCAGAUGCGACUUCCGUCGCUGACAGCACACUCACCUCUCCUGCGUCGCCAACGCCUCCCUUUGAGGACAUCAGUGUUGCCGAGGCCAUUCCUAUCUCGCUGAGCAUUCCUUCCAACUUCAAAGCGCGCGCCCUUUAUUACGUGGACGAGGAUGCGGCUGUUCGGGUCGUCUCCGACAGUGAACCGUGCCUCCUGGACAGCGACAUCAGAGAGUUUGUCUCGUCGCUGUUCUGGGUGCUGGAGCACAAGAGGCUGGAGCGCAGCAGGGAGAAACUGGACAAAGUGACCCUGCUGCUGGCGCCCUUUGAGAAGAAGGACAUCAUCGGGCUCGACUUGGAAUCUCGCUCAAACAAACGAAAAAGUGUUGGUCGGGGCACGAAACACCUGGCAGACCUCACCCUGCAGGCCGGGCUGCCGACAGAGGCCUCCGCUCACUACUCUGCGGCCAUUGAUGUGCUCAAAGGUGCCAAUGACUGGCUCUGGCUUGGAAGCGCUUAUGAAGGGUUGUGUGCAGCUUCAGUUGCCCUCUUAGGACCCGAUGGCUUGACGCAUCACAAGGGUUCGUUGAAAAACCUGAGUGCAGUGGAGUUGCAACACUGCCUGUCUCAGGAAGAAAUCUGCAAGCGGUACAGAGAGGCGAUCACGCACUACAGCAAAUACCUGAACGCUGCCGUGAUGGAGACGGAGGCGUGCUUCAAGGCAGCCAGGGUCGCCCUGAUGCAGAACAAAAAGCUGCAGGCAUCCAGUUUCCUGCAGAAUGUGCUGCUGAUCAACCUCAACCUAACCGAGGAGCACAAAAUCGAGCGCUUCUUGGCCAUCGCCGAGCUGUACCAGUCGCUCAGGUUCCACAGGAAAGCCUCCUUCUUCAAAAGACUGGCUGGCAUGCGUCACGUGUCCGCCCAAAACGAGAAUCCCGACUGGGCGCAGUGCUACCAGCUUCUCGUGCAGGCCCUGCCCGGCCUUAAGCUCUCCCUGGAUCCAAAAGAGAUGAUCACAGUGAUCCACAAGGGUUGGCCGGCGCUGCAGAUUCAACUGCUGCACGAGCUGGUGGCCGCCUCCAAGCGGAUGGGCGCCAACCAGGUGGCCGUGCGCCACCUGACUUUCCUCCUGCACGCCAUGUGGCCCCACAUGAGCAUGCAGGAGAGGAAGGACGUCGCUCUGCAGCUUCAGGCAGCUGCCAGUCAAGAGGAGGGCGCGCCGGUGCCGCUCGUCCUUCCAGAAACGGGUCUCAUCCUGCCUCCCGCCAAUCUGAUCAAUUUACCUCUUGUCAGCAAGUUCACGCCGAGUCCGCUGAUCGCCUGCAUGAGACCUCAGAAAAUCCAAAUAGCCAAAGUCGAGACUGGUCCGUUCCUUUUCACUCCGCUCAAAUUCGGCUCCCUUGACAGGAGCAAAGAGGCUAACUCAAUUAAUGGCCAGACUAAACUAGAUUUCCUUUGGGUUGAGGGAGAUUUUUGCGAUGUACAAGUAACCUUAGAAAACCAACUGCCAAUAGAGCUUAGAGUAGUUGACGCGAAAUUGCUAACAGACGGAACAGUGUUUGAGAGUAGUCCGUCCACCCUGGUGCUGCCGCCGCUGCCGAACCCUGAGACCGUGUCCUUGGCGUCCAACUCGGCUGCGUCGGCCACCUCGUCCAUCGCGUCUGUAGAGAGUAACGUUCUACAUUCCAUCUUCACCGGCGUUCCAAGAGCUGCCGGCACCCUCAACAUAAUCGGAUAUUCGACACACGUUCUUGGGGUCAAGUCUAACUGUUUCCUCAGCGACCUGGCGCACCUUUCCCCCUCAAGCCAGUUCACAAUUGAGGUUGUGCCCGCAAUGCCUCAAUUACAGAUAACUACGACUUUGCCAAAAAUGGUCAAUAAUUCAAUUCAUAUCCAAGAUGCAGCCACAUCUGGCAUCCUGUCUGUUUACGCCGGUGAAACGGAAGAAGUUGUGGUAACUCUAAGCAACAUUUCUAACAUGAAUGUCACCAUGUUGAGCGUCCAGCCGUGGACCAAGAUGACCUCGGUUAUGGAGAGGGAGGUGUUCGGCACCUGGGAGAACAAACCUUUGGAGAUUUUACUGCCUAUUGAGAUUGGCAAACAAGUCAAGUUUUCUGUGCACAUUUACGGCAAGGCUUCGUUUUUCGCAGCUCCUGUAGAAGACUCCAAUUCCCUGGCGUCGACCGCUGCUUCAAGCUCUCUAAACCACUCGAUCAAUUCGUCAAAAGCUUCUUUGGAGUUUCCGGCAAAGCCAGCGCCGGCCAGGCCAAUCACGCUGGAAGGCAGCUUUCGCAUCCGCUACUCAGGAGGACCGGGUUUUGACGCCGGCUACUGCAGGUCGGCCGAACUGGCUCUGCAGAUCGUGGUGCAGCCGUCGCUGCAAAUCGUCAAGUGGGACGUGCUCGCAGCUGAAACGCCUUCUAAUUUCUAUUUGGUCCUGGACGUGUUGAACCAAACGCACGAAGAAGCCGAACUUUGUUACGCGGUGGGCAAGAGUAUUAUUGUCGAGGGUGAUGAAUUCUGCAGAGUUCCAGUGCCUCUUCCCAAGUGUCCGCUUGAACUCUUGUCGGAGUUGUACGCACGCGAGGCGGAAGACGUGACGGCGGCUGUACGUUCAGUGUGCAGCAAACACGUGUCGGAGAACGCGCAGCUGCGGUGGAGCCUGGCGGACGGACGCAAAGGCCAACUGCGGCUUCAGGGCAUCCAACUGUCCGAUUCGAUGCUGGACACGAUAAAGGCGUCGCCGCUUGACUGGGUGCUCAGCGUUGAUGGCACGGCGCUCAGCUGCGAGGAGGAGUUCACGUGCACGGCUGGUCGGCCGCUGCAGGUGCUCGUGCGGCUGACCAACCAGCUGCCCUUCCCGCUCGACAACGUCACGCUCAGCAUCUCCAUCUACCAGGACUACCAGAACGGCACCCGCAACUACCGGCUUGACACGAGGGUGGCCAUCGCUGGCGCCAGCACCAUCCUGCUUGGCAAGCUUUCGAAAGAGGAGCCUGCGGAGCAUUCGUGUUCGCUGGUCUUCUUCACCCCCGGCCUCUUCAAAGUAGACAUCCAAUGCUGCCGUUUGGGCGGCGCGAGCGCCACGACCAGCAUGUGGAAAUUGAGCCCUAUUCCGCAGUUCUGCGUGCUCGAGGGUGACUAAUGAAUACGCGGAUUGAUUAAAAUGGGAAAUUUUGUCCCGCUGUCGAAGUCCUUCCUGCCGACCAAGCCUGUCAGUCAGCCCUGUGCCAUCCAAAUCCUCCCGAAAGGGGCUGCCGACGACACACGCGGCGGGUCCAGUGAUAUUUUUUGUUAUCUUAUCAGUACUAUACUAUUCAUGAUUAUUGUUAUGGCUCGCUGUAUAUUAUUCUCAUUAUCCACGCAGAGGUCCUGUCUGUAAAUAGCCACUCUCCAGCAGUUCCAAGCAAUGCAUCAAUAAAGAAACAAUGUUAUCGAGAUAUCAAAUUAUUCAUGCUAAA